CUCGGGAGGGUGUAGUAGGCUCAGUCUGACUCUGAUCAUGUCCUCGUGUUUGUCUGUAGGUGAGCGGGAUCAGACCAGCAGGAGUCACCGCUACACUCGCUCUCUCGCUCUGCUGAAGCUCUCUCAGUCAUUGAGCUGGGAAACAACAUGCCGGAAGUGGGGUUUCGGGACACAGGAGUUUCGGGAUUCGUAACCGUGGAAAGUUUACUCUAUUAAGAAAUCUACUUUUCCCGAGGGCUAAAGCUGUUUGUAGGGUUUCUUUCCCCGUUUCAUUCAUCCGCACUUUUACAAUGGGGCUCCCGGCGCUGGAAUUCAGUGAUUCUUUUCUGGAUAGUCCUGACUUCAGAGAGCGACUCAAAUGCCACGAAAUUGAGCUGGAUCGUACUAAUAAAUUCAUCAAGGAACUAAUCAAAGAUGGGAAUAUGCUUAUCAGUGCGCUUAAAAUUCUAUCUGCAGCUGUGCAGAAAUUUUCCCAGUCCCUACAGGAUUUCCAGUUUGAAUGCAUCGGAGAUGCAGAGACAGAUGAUGAGAUUAAUAUUGCCCAGUCAUUCAAAGAAUUCUCCCAGCUGCUGAACACAGUGGAGGAGGAGAGACGACGACUAAUACAGAACGCUGAUGACGUCUUGAUCACACCUCUGGAGAAGUUUCGCAAAGAGCAAAUCGGAGCGGCCAAAGAGGGGAAGAAGAAAUUUGACAAGGAGACAGAGAAGUAUUACACAAUUUUGGAGAAGCACUUAAGCCUGUCUUCAAGGAAGAAAGAGUCACUCUUGCAGGAGGCAGACACCCAGAUAAAUAAGGAAAGACAGGUUUUCUAUGACGCCUCCCUGGAAUACGUUUUCAAAAUCCAAGAAGUGCAAGAAAGGAAAAAGUUUGAGUUUGUAGAGCCGCUGCUGGCCUUCCUCCAGGGAUUAUUCACCUUUUACCACGAAGGUUAUGAACUGGCACAUGAGUUGGAGCCGUAUAAGCAACAGCUGCAGUUCAACUUGCAGAAUACAAGAAAUAAUUUCGAAAGCACAAGACAGGAAGUUGAGAAUUUGAUGAGAAGGAUAAGGUCUGCAGAGCAGGACUUUAAAGCCCCAGGACAGUGGACCAUGGAGGGCUUCCUCUAUGUGCAGGAGAAGCGACCCUUGGGGUGCACGUGGAGUCGACAUUAUUGCACGUACGAGAAAGGGACCAAAAUGUUUACGAUGUGCAACUCUGAAUUCAAAUCUGGAGGCAAACAGAAUGGACUGAUCAUGAGCCCCCCUGAGAUGUUUAAGCUGAAGUCCUGCAUCAGACGGAGGACUGACUCUAUUGACAAGCGAUUCUGCUUUGACAUUGAGGUGGUGGAAAGAGGUAACCCCUGUGAAGGGCUUCUGUUCAGUUAUCUGCAAUGUUUCUAUAAAGUCCAUCGACAUGGUAUCAUCACCCUUCAGGCUCUCUCUGACUCCAACAGACGACUGUGGAUGGAGGCCAUGGAUGGAAAAGAGCCGAUUUAUACUCUUCCAUCACUUCUGAGCAAGAAAGAAGAAACAUUCCUAAAUGAAGCAGGCUUUAAUUUUGUAAGGAAGUGUAUAGAGCUUGUGGAAACAAGAGGCAUUAACACAAUGGGGCUGUACAGAAUAGGUGGAGUUAACUCUAAAGUCCAGCGACUGAUGACCUCAGUAUUUGCGGCCAAAGCUCCUGCAGAUAUGGACCUUGACCCAGACACCUGGGAUAACAAGACCAUCACCAGCGGCUUGAAGAAUUACAUCAGGUGUCUGGCAGAACCCCUCAUGACCUACAGACUCCACAAAGACUUCAUCAUGGCAGUCAAGUCUGAUGAUCAGAACUACAGGGUCUGUGCUGUUCACGCCCUCGUCCACAAGCUCCCCGAGAAGAAUAAAGAGAUGCUGGAUAUUCUGAUCAAACAUCUGCAUGUGGUUUCCACACAUAGUCAGAAGAAUCUGAUGACCGUGUCUAACCUGGGUGUGAUUUUUGGCCCAACACUCAUGCGCUCUCAAGAAGAGACAGUUGCUGCCAUGAUGAACAUCAAGUUUCAGAAUAUUGUGGUAGAGAUCCUCAUAGAAAACUACGACAAGAUAUUUCAUCAAGCUCCAGACCCUAACAUCCCUCUGCCGCAGCCUCAGUCUCACUCUCAGUCUCGUGCCAGUGCCAGUGCACGCCGGAGCAAAGCCAUCUGCCUGUCCUCAAGGUCCCGCAAAUCCAGAGGCCUGUACCCUCCCACCCUGUGUCUGGCUGAUGCUGACAGUGACACGUUCAGCAGCAGUCCGAGUAGCACUCCUAUGGGCAGUAUGGAGUCUCUCUCGUCUCACUCUUCGGAGCAGAACAGCUGCUCUAAGACGGGCUCCCCUUCACGUACCAAACACAAGGCAUCAGGGAGUCUGUGCUGGACCACUCCAUCUCCCUCCUCCAACGGGCCCAAAAGCCCGGCUUGCACCACCAGCCCCGAUUCCAGCUCCAAAGAGGACGCCAACAAGACUGAUGGAGAAUGGGAAGAAGCGCUGAGCACAAGUCCAGGUGAUCGAAGCUCUCAAGCUUCAGAGCUCCUCCAGACGACCCCAGGAGAGACACUGGAGGAUCAUGGGGAAGAAACACACAGUCUGUCCACCUGCUCCUCUCUCACUUCACUCCACAUUUCUGAAGGUUUCAGAAGCUGUCACGGCUCUAUUCAGAGCCUGGCGUCACGCGGUCAGAGAGACAGUCUCAAGUCCCUCCAUCUGCCAGAGCUUCCUCCUAAAGAGACGGUGAGAAACAGAGCUGACUCCUCAGCCAGCAAUGGCUACCAGAGACCGGGAUCUGUUGUGGCCUCCCGGGCAGCAAUCUUUGAGAGUCCUGUGAUUUCUCAGCAAACAACGGGAAGAGAUGCUAAAGCCUUGUUUUCCUGUAAAGCAGAGCACAGUCAUGAGCUGAGCUUUCCUCAGGGAGCACACUUCUCCAACGUGUACGCCUCAAUUGAACCUGGCUGGCUCCAAGCAACAUAUGAUGGCAAAACCGGACUCAUCCCAGAGAAUUAUGUGGAAUUCUUCUGAUGGGGCCAGAACAGGCAAAAGCAAAGUCCAUGGUAUCCAUGGUAUUCAUUUCUGCAAAAAAUUUAUCAUUUUAUAUGUACAUUUCUGUCUUUAAUGGAUGUAAAUAGUUUUUGCUUGAUAUUAUAAACCAGAUCACUUACUGUUGUAUAUGAUAAAGUUUAUUCAGGAUGUAAAUAUUACCUUUGUCCUAAAUGCAUUUGAGAUUUUAUUACCAUCUAGGUACAUGCAAUUGACUGUAUUAACACAUUUCUGUUUUUAUAUGUGGCCCAACAUGAUGUGCUCUGAUAUUUAAUUAAAACUGUAGAUCAUUGUUGUGGUACGGCUCUGAAGGAAACUAUGGAUUUGUAUUAUAUAGAGGCAGACUUAUACCUGUAUGCAUUAAUUAGUAACCAUUAUGAAGUAGCAGAAGAUAAUGUAUUUGCCAAUGUGACAUUUGUGAAAUUCUUGGAAGUAUGUUUAUUGACUUUCUUUUCAGUGAUGCCAAAAGGCGAAUCAUGUUUGGUAGAUGCAGGUCAUCUUUCAUUUCAGUAAGUGCUGAGUCUUUUUGGUGAAAUCAUUUCAAAAUGAGUUAGCACUUAUUACUUUUCCAUACAAUUUCAAAAGGUUAGAUAGAAAAUUGGUAUCUUUUAGUUAUGACUGUUUUUUUUUUUUUUUAAUAAGAAUCUUUUUGUGUACUGAACAUUUUUCUUCUAAAUUGAAACAAAAUACAUCUUGAAUGACUUUAUAUAAGCCAAAAAUGUCUUAUAUACUGCAAACUGUUUUGAUUAUACUAAUGUACUGUCAGUUUUGUGGCGUUUUGUAAAACGAUGUAACUAAAAGUGUUCUUUUGAUAUUUCAGCUUAUACUGAAUGUAUUUGUUGAGUGUAAUAUAGUGCAUUUUUUUCUUAAUGAAGUACAAUCAAAAACGAGAAAAAACUUCUCAGUGUUAAAGUUUGUCAUAGUUGCAAUUAGUUCUAGUUUGUACUCACAAAAAAUGCUGUUGUUCAAGUAAUGGUUCUGCUGUAUUUUAUUUUACACUGGUUUAGCCUUUCUGUUUGUUGAAAUGAAAAAGUAUACAGAUUAUAAUACUUAUUAUUAACCUCAUUUACAAAGUAAUUUAAUGUUUGUUUGUUUGUUUUUUUAAACUAUUAAAAUGGCAGUUUAUUUACUGA